AUGCUUGAUGAACAUUCUCCCAAGCAAUACCCGUGUAGCAAUCAAGGACUAGGUUAUGACAAGAGGAAGCCUCAAAUAUCGCAGGACCCAUCAAAAUACUAUCCCACAUUAAAUGCCAUUAGAAAUAAAUUUAAUGGUAGUGUCAUAAGAAUAGGAGACUUUCGAAGUAAAUUCGAGGGGUAUGAUUUCAAUAUUCACGAUAAGAAAUUGUUUGAUACUAAUAAAUUUAUUGUAGAAGGUAGAAUAGAAUCUGUACGAAAAUCAGGGAAAUCAUUAUAUUUCAUUGAUGUAGUUCAAGAUGAUAUUCAACUACAAUUUAUGGUGAAUAAGAAUAUGAUGGGAAUAAGUUCAAAUGAAGAGUUUGAUAAUUUACAUGGAGAUUUUAAAAAGGGAGAUUAUGUUUUAGGGUAUGGAUAUGCCUCUAUUACCAAUGUAGGAGAAUUAACUUUAAAAUUAUGUAAACCAUUGGAGAUGUUAACUCCAUGUUUGACCAAUAUUCCUAACAGAUUAGAGGAUAAAGGGAUAAUUAAUUCCAAUAGAGUCUUAAACUAUCUUGUAAAUCCCAAAUCAUCAAAAUUACCAAUAUUAAUUAAAUCAUGGAUCAUGCAAUCAAUUCGACAAUUUUUACUUAAUCGACAAUUUAUUGAAGUUCAAACACCAAUAUUAAGUGGAUUUGGUACAGGAGCCAAUGCUGAACCAUUUGUAACUGAAGUUAAUGCAUUAUCAGGAGAAUUAGCUCAAUUAAGAGUAGCUCCUGAAUUAUGGUUAAAGAAAUUAAUUAUUAGUGGAUUCCCCAAGAUAUUUGAAAUUGGGAAUAAUUUCCGUAAUGAAGGAAUUGAUAGUACUCAUAAUCCCGAAUUUACUAGUUGUGAAUUUUAUCAAACAUUUAUUAAUUUAGAAGAUUUGAUAAAGAUUACUGAAGAUAUGAUUAAAUAUAUUUAUAAUGAUUUAAAUAGCAAAUGUGAUUUACGAAAGGAUUUAAGACCUUUAAUAGAGAGAGAAGAAUAUCCUAAAUUUGAAUUCAUUACUACAUUAGAAAGUAAGACUGGGAUUAAAUUACCCAAUGAGUUAACUUCUGAUAAUUUAAUUGAUUAUUUCAAGCAAAUAGGAUUAUCAAUACCUCUAAAUAAAGCACCUGCUAAUUUAUUAGAUAUAUUAUCUUCAAGAUAUUUGGAAUCUAUUAGUAUGGAAGAACAGUAUAAGAAUGUUCCAAUCUUUGUAUAUAAUCAGCCUGCUGUAUUAUCACCAUUAGCUAAAUCAGGAUUCAUAAAGUAUGAUGAUAGACAAUAUGAUAUAUCGCAUCGAUUUGAAAUGUUCAUUAAUGGGAAAGAGUAUGUCAAUGCUUAUGAAGAAGAAAAUAGUCCCUUUGAACAAGAAUCUAAAUUCCGAUUACAGGAAACAGCCAAGGCACAAUAUAUGGAUAACGAAAUGUUAAUUCCUGAUUGGAAAUAUAUUGAAAGUAUGCAAUUGGGACUUCCACCUACUGGAGGAUGGGGAUGUGGAAUUGAUAGAUUAUCGAUGUUAUUUAGUGGAGUUGAAAGAAUUGAUGAGGUAUUACCAUUUGGGAAUUUACGAGAUGUCAAGAGACAGUAA